AUGAGUGUACCAUGCAACACAGUGUACCAUGCAUCCAACACAGUGUACCAUGCAUCCAACACAGUGUACCAUGCAUCCAACACAGUGUACCAUGCAUCCAACACAGUGUACCAUGCAUCCAACACAGUGUGCCAUGCAUCCAACACAGUGUACCAUGCAUCCAACACAGUGUACCAUGCAUCCAACACAGUGUACCAUGCAUCCAACACAGUGUGCCAUGCAUCCAACACAGUGUACCAUGCAUCCAACACAGUGUACCAUGCAUCCAACACAGUGUACCAUGCAUCCAACACAGUGUGCCAUGCAUCCAACACAGUGUGCCAUGCAUCCAACACAGUGUACCAUGCAUCCAACACAGUGUACCAUGCAUCCAACACAGUGUACCAUGCAUCCAACACAGUGUACCAUGCAUCCAACACAGUGUACCAUGCAUCCAACACAGUGUACCAUGCAUCCAACACAGUGUACCAUGCAUCCAACACAGUGUACCAUGCAUCCAACACAGUGUACCAUGCAUCCAACACAGUGUACCAUGCAUCCAACACAGUGUACCAUGCAUCCAACACAGUGUACCAUGCAACACAGUGUACCAGGCAACACAGUGUACUGACCUGA